AUGGAGCAGCUGUCCGAGAAAUCUGUGAAGCCACUGAUGGCAAACCCCGAGCACAUAGCACUCCAUCACUACAAUAUUGCUAAUGAAAAAGAGGAAGUAGAGGAUGUGAUAGAAAUAGAUGAUGGACUGGACUGCUCACUGUACUCUACUCCUUCAGUUGGCCUUAGUGAUACUGUUGAUGAAAAGAAAAAGAGAAUGGAUUCGUAUAUUAAAGAUGUUGCCAAAGACUGUAAGAGGAACAUCAAACAAUAUUUGAAAUUUCAUGAAGAUGAAGCGCGAGAGUUUAGAAUUGAAUAUACUGAGAAGAUUAUAACUGUGUUUCAGCAAUGGAAUUUAAAUAUAAAGGAAAUUGGAGACGAAGAAGAGAAACUCUCUGAUGCUUUUUACCAGCAACAGAAGACUUUUAAAAAAGUUAGAAUGCUUCAGAACCACACCCUGAAAGGAAUUAAGCAUGAAAAUGAGGAGUAUUUAAAGGGUUUGGAGAACUUGGAGGAUGGCAGACUACUUAAUAAUGUACGCACUGAAAUUAAAAAACAAAUGUCUGUGUUGAAAAAGAAAAUUGCAGGAAGUUAAAUAUUGAAUUGUAACAGUAUGGAAUAGUAGAGGAGCAAACAUACUUUGCUUUCCUUAAAUAUGGC